AUGUUCCCAACCAAAAGUGACACGUUGGAGUUGCAAAGUCUGCUGCCGAGACCAGAAAGAAAUGUUGACAUGCCCAUUUUUCAGUCGACUCUAUACGCAACAAACAGGUCUUCAAGUUCGACGGAUACAUCCCCCGAAUCCUACUUUGAAAGUUCCUUUUCAAAUGCAUGCCGGCCAGAACAGGAGUACGGGCAGUAUCAGCUCUUUAGCCAACCUAAACCCUUUGAGGUUCCCAUGUUUCAUCGAACUGAAACAAAUCGUCUCCAUUUCAAUACUCCAUUCCGUCCUACGUUUGAACAUUCUGAGCCUAGCUUCCAGACGCCAUUUUCGAGUCGUCAGCGACCUAUUUUAGGACGACAGAUUAUACCGAAGAGUCCUGUUUCACCAGAGAAACACGAGCAGUUUUUUAAACAAUAUACAUUGUUCCCCACAGAAGAUAGUUCCCCAAAGAGAGAGUUUGAGAAUGUAUCACAGAGAAGUUUUUUGUUUCUUAAAGAGGAUAAGAAGAGAGAGUUUGAAAGCUUAUCACCAAGAAAUGCUUUGUUUUCCAUAGACGAUAAAAAGAGAGAGUUUGAAAGCUUAUCACCAAGAAAUGCUUUGUUUUCCAUAGAUGAUAAAAAGAGAGAGUUUGAAAGCUUAUCACCAAGAAAUGCUUUGUUUUCCAUAGAUGAUAAAAAGAGAGAGUUUGAAAGCUUAUCACCAAGAAAUGCUUUUUUUUCCAUAGAUGAUAAAAAGAGAGAGCGUGAUAGCUUAUCACCUAGAAGUUCUUUGUUUUCCACAGAUGAUAAGAAGAGAGAGUUUGACAACUUAUCACCGAGAAGUUCUUUGUUCUUUAUUGUUGAGGACAAGAAAAGAGAGUUUGAUAACUUGUCACAAAGAAGUUAUUUGUCACCCGUAGAAGACAAAAAGAGUGACUUUUAUAGCAUAUCGCCCAGCAGCUCUGUGUCUCCCCCACAUAGUAUGAGAAUGAGUCCUGGGUCUAUUGGGUAUAUACCACAAAUCUCGCCAAUAACCAACCCAAUUCGCUUCAAUAAAGCUGCAUCUUCUUCAGGUCUUCGUGACUCAAAGCUGUGUACAUUUUGCAAGAAGAAUGGUGAGCGCCCGGCGGUGUAUGGAACGCAUACAGUCAAGACCAAAGUUAGGAAUAAGUUUGUGGUAUCCUGCCCUAUUCUUCGCUUACAUGUAUGUUCUACGUGCGGCGCAAGCGGCGAUAACGCGCAUACUAUAACAUACUGUCCAGUUCUACGAUCAAACAACAAUGGUAAACCACUCGAAUCUACCACCAUAACAUUGAAAAGCACAAGAAUGAAGAGCAAUGGCAAGAAGCGGUUCCACUGA